CGCACAGCACUAACCUAACCCUAAUUUUCCACAUGUCUCUUCAAAUUCAAAACAUUUCCAAGUUUUCCAGUUAAUUCAUCCCAUUUAAGGUGCAAAAUGAAAUUCAACAAGAAGAAUAAGUUCAAACAAGCUCCCAAAACCCCUAUUGCAGAUGCAGAUGAAAAUUUAGAGGAGGAUUAUCAAGAAACCCCCAAAUGGUACGAAACAGAAACCCAAGAACCGAAAAAGUUUGAUAAUGUAACAGAGCAAAUAUUGAUUGAAUUAAAAGACGAAGCUAAGAAAUGCCACGAUAUUGAAGUAGCUAAUUAUAAUAUCAAAAACUCCAAAACAAAUUCAAAUUAUCAAUGGAUGAAAACUGUAAUGAAUACUGGAACCGUAUCUGAUAAAAUAGCUGCCCACACUGUUGCUAUACAAGACAAUCCAGUUUGUAAUCUGGAAACUUUGAGGAACAUGGUGAAUAUGGUCAAAGUAGGCAAGAAAAAAGAAUGUUUCACUGUUAUGGAGACCCUCACUGAACUAUUUUUAUCAGACCUUCUCAAACCUGAUCAAAAAUUGGCUCCAUUUCAUUCAAAACCUCUUUCUAUGAUCAACGACCUUUCCUCUGGAAAUGCAAUAAAGAGACGUAAAAUAUUGAGCCAAUGGUACUUUGAGGACGAGCUUAAAGAAAUUUACACCAGCUUUGUUUUGGCUUUGAACAGGGCUGCUCAGGAUACAGUGGAAAGUAACAAGGAAAAAUCUAUUACAGCUAUGUUCAAGUUGCUUUGUGGCAACCCUGAACAGGAAAAGAAUCUUCUUGCAAACCUCAUCAAUAAAUUGGGAGACCCUUCACAAAAAGUAGCCUCAAAAGCCAUCUAUUGCCUCACUCAGCUACUAUUUAAGCACUCAAACAUGCAAGAAGUGGUACUAAAAGAAGUUGAAAAGCUUUUAUUUCGUAGCAACAUAAACACAAGAGCACAAUAUUAUUGUCUUUGCUUUUUGAGUCAGUUCUAUUUGAGCCAUGAAGCUUCAAAUGUAGCCAGAAAAAUGAUUGAAGUUUAUUUGGGAUUUUUUAAGGCUUGUGUUAAAAAGGGUGAAGUUGAUAGUAGAAUGAUGUCCGCACUACUUAUGGGCAUAAACCGUGCUUUUCCUUAUUCAAAAAUGGAAUUUGAAGAUAUGUCAGAUCAUGUCAGUACUUUAUAUAAGUUGGUACAUCUUGCUAGUUUCAAUAUAGGGCUUCAAGUAUUGAUGUUGCUCUAUCAAGUAACUGGAGAAAAAAUGGCAGAUAGAUAUUAUGCAGCUCUAUAUAAAAAGCUCCUAGAUCCCAAACUAUUAACCACAACACAUCAAGCCAUGCUUUUAUCUCUUUUAUAUAAAGCUUUGCUCAAAGAUACCCAAAUAGACAGGAUAAAAGUUUUCAUUAAAAGACUAUUGCAAAUUUCUAUGUAUGUCCAACCAAAUUUUUCUUGUGGCCUUUUAUAUUUGGUGUCUCAGCUUAUUUCGAAAAAACCUGGCCUGCAAGCCUUAACCCUCAAAGAACUAAAUGCAACUAAUUUAGAUCAAUUUGAAGACGAAGAGGAAGAAAAAUAUUAUGAUAUUAAAGAUGAAAAAGAAGAUUUGGAAUAUGAAACUAAUAAAAAUGAAGACCCAGUAAUCCUUAAUGCAGAAGCAAUUGAAAUUAAAGAAGAACCAGAAGAAGAAAAACCAGACUUGAAGUUAUUGGAAGUUUCGUUUAAAGGUUCUAGUUGGGUUCAUGUGGACCAAAAAGUCAAAAAAGUGCACGAACCUAUUUCAAAAUACAACCCUUCGUCAAGGAAUCCUCUAUUUGCUGGAGGAGAAUUUUUGGCCUACUCUGAACUGAGAUAUUUGAAAAAUCAUUUCCAUCCUACAGUUGCUUUGUGGGCUCACAAUGUGCUUCAAGGCGAAAAAGUUAAAUACACUGGAGAUCCUUUGAAGGAUUUCACUUUGAUACGGUUUUUGGAGAGGUUUGUAUUUAAAAACCCCAAAUCUUUUGAUGAAAAAUCAGGAGCACAUCCUACUUUUGGUAAAAGGAAAUUUUACAAACCCAAAGGAGUAAAAAUGUUGGCAGUCAAUUCAAAAAGUUACUUGAACGAAAAUCAAGACAAUAUUCCUGUGGAGGAAAUGUUUCUAUAUUCUUAUUUGCAGCAAAAGCAUCAAAAUCAGCCAAUGGCUGACGACAAUAGUGACUUGGAGUCUGUUCAAAGUGAAGAAUUUGAAGAAAUGCUUGAUAAAAUGGGAGGAUUCAAGCCUGAUGAGGAAGAACUAGACUUCAUGGGAGAAAUUGGUGAGGGUCUCAAGAAGAAAGACACUGACAAAAAAAAGAAAAGGAAAAAUGAAGAGGGCAGUGAAGAUGAAGAUGAAGAACUUAGUGACGAAGAAGAUGGACUUAGUGAUGAGGAACCAGAAUUUGACGGUGGUGAUGAUGCUAAUGAUGAUGAGUUGGAAGCCACUGAGGAAGAUUUAGAUUUAAUUGAUGGUCUUAGUGAUGACGAUGAAGACUUAGAUUUCCCCUCGGAUUUCCCUUCAGAUUCAGAAGAUGAAACUCCCGCUUCAAAAAGAAACCUAAAAAAAUCCUUGAAGAAAAAAUCCAAAACAGAUGACAUGUCUUCAGUAUUUGCGUCAGCAGAAGAAUUUGCCUCUUUGCUAGAUGAAGAAGGCAGUUCCAAACAAAAACCUGGCAGUUCAAAUGUGAUGGAGAACAAAGACAAAGCUAGUCAGAAACAAUUAGCAUGGGAACAGAAACGUAACCAUUGGAUUAAGGGCUACAAAAAUGCUGUUUCAGGGGAUAAGUUUUCGAAAAAACGCCCCCAAAAGGGCAAUUUUCAAAAAAACAAGAAAUUAAAAAAGAAAUAAAUAAAUUAUCCAUAACAAUUAAGUUUAUUAAUAAAAAGAUAUAGAGGCAGUAAUUUGUUUUUAUUGAAAGAAAUAAAUGCUUUAUUUCCUAAAUAUACCUAAUCGCAGGAACCAUCUUUCCAACCAUCCCUCCAUCGUUCGUUCACUUUAGAACAGUCGAAUAUUUCUUUACCUAAUUUAACAUUAACUUUAUUGUGUAAUCGGCAUAACCAUUGACUCAGUUGUUCUGGGUUUUCUACUUUGGGGGGCUCUAUUUUCAAC